UCUCUUCUAUUUUUCUUCAUAGCUAUGUUUCUUAAUAGGGAUAAUGCUAGGUUUGCUGUUGGUGUUAUUGGGAAUAUCAUUGCACUCAUCUUGUUCUUGUCACCUUUGACGACUUUCGUUCGUAUAUGGAAAAGCAAGUCUGUGGAGCAAUUUUUUCCAAUUCCAUACCUAGCCACAUUUAUCAAUUGUGGGAUUUGGGUGAUGUACGGUCUCCCAUGGGUCACACCUAACAGUCUUUUAGUUAUAACUAUUAACGGGACCGGUCUAGGCAUCGAGAUCGUGUACCUUACGCUGUUUUUAUUGUACUCGGAUCGUAAACAAAGGACGAAAGUUAUUAUAAUCGUCAUCGUUGAGAUUAUUUUUGUUGUUGCACUUGGCUUUGUUGUUCUAACUUUUGUCCAUGAACCCAGAAAAGGGCAGCCAUUGUUGGUAGCAUUUGCAUGGUGGGCAACAUUAUGA